AAGGCAGGCUCACAACAAAAUAAAAACAAACAUGGCGGGCCUACAAUGCUUUGGUUGUGGACAAGGAUUUGGCUUCUUCAGACGAGAGCAUGGAUGUAAGAAAUGUGGACGACUUUUUUGCUCUGGAUGCACUUCUCAGUCAAUUAUUCUACCACAACAUGGAUCAAAGAAAAUGAAAGUCUGUGAUCAAUGCUACAGGACUUUGACGAGAGACUCACAAAAACAAACUCAAACCAGAGAUAGAAGCGACUUAAAUGACCUAAACAAAAACACUGCUUUACACAGACCUGUUUUAAGCACUUGUGAGAAAGGUGAUCCACAAGAUGGAUUAGGAAAAACAGUCAUUACAAGAGCUGAAUCUUUAGAACAUGAAAAUUCUUCAAUAGAUCCUGAUGAGGCAAUUCGUCAGAGGCUGGCAGAGCUUAGGGCAAAUGAUUCCUGUAAAGAUAAAGAUAAUUCUUCAAUAUCACAAAUAACAGAUCAACAAUUAGGAGAAAGGUUUGAGAACCUCACAGGAAGAAAGGCAAUUUCAAUGCAGAACUCAAAUAUUAAUACCCUUCAGCCAAAGAAAUCUGAAAUAGAAGAGGUUAGUGAUUUGAUGAAACAGAUGUUGGAAGAAAACAAACUUGCUGAGGAGGAUCCAACAGCCAAAAGUAGUAUCAUUGAUAAGGAAAUUGAAGAGAGACUUGCUAAGCUGAAAGGCAUCAAUCCAAGUCUGACAAAUCAACCCAAGUCAAACAUGUUUGAUAGUGAUGAGGAUGAUGAAACAGCGAGUCAACAAUACCUGAAACAGAUACUUGGUGAAGUAGCUUUGGAUUUAAAAAUGGAAAACAUUGAUUGUGGAGAUACCUCUGCCAGCAAAUCUAGCAAAUCCAGAAAAAAGACAGGACAAUCAAAGACCAAAGAUAUGGAUUUCUCAGCUAUGCCCAGCGGCAUUUUCAGCCAUGAUUAUGAAGCAAACAGUGAUGAUGAGGAGUUGCCUUGGUGUUGUAUCUGCAAUGGGAAUGCUGUUUUAAGAUGUCAUGGUUGUGAUGAUGACUUAUAUUGUCGAAGAUGCUAUAGGGAGGGGCACAGUCGAGAAGAUUAUGAAGACCAUGAUAUCUCAGAAUACAAGCCUCCAAGAAAGAAAAGAUGAUUUGGAGAGUGUUCCAUCCUGGUGUUGUGCUUUAAAAAAUUUAUUUCACACAAAAAAUUUAAAGAAAGGUCAGCUAAAGGAAAAAAUUAUGAAGACAUGUGCCACAUGGAGUACAAACAAUCAUGAGGAGUGUUGUCUUUUUUUGAGGCUCCACUCAACUCAGAAGUCACUGUGGAUGCGAUUUUAAUGUUGAAGAACAAACUUCACUGUGAAGUAUUUCAUUAGAAUGAGGCUGGUAAAGGGUUUAUAUGUGACAUGUGAAUAAGGCCAAAAUUAAUGUCACAUGAAUUUUACAUAGUGGCAAGUGUAAUUUGUGAAUUUGAGUACCAACAUAGGAAUGAUUUGUCUCUUGAUUUAUACAACCUAUUAAUUUUUACUUUCUUUAUAAGUAAACCGCAAAAUUUCCUGAAACCUUACACACAAAGAGAGGUUUGAAGUUUUUCUCUUUACGUCCAAGUCAUGUCAAAGGUGUUAAAGUAUAUUGGACUCAU